AAGAUCAAACAAUUUCAACUUUCAAAAGUGCAAUCAAUCUGUAUAAUCUCCUCGAUCAUCAGCAGAAAAUAUUAAUGGCACGACAAAUUUUUGAUUCGACAGGACAAGUUAUUGGUUGGAUACUUUCGAAUUCGUCUGAAUUGGAUGUGGAUGUUCGAACUGCAGAACAAGCUGCACAACUUCAGCGAUCAAACAGCUCCUCUUCGGGUGAGGAAGAAAUAUGGAAAGAUGGAGAAAUGAAGAAGAAAAAGAAGGAUAAAAAGAAGAGUGAUUACAACAAACCAACUCAAGAGGCUGAAGAGAAUAAAGGUAAGCUUCCCCGCAUCAAGAAGGUGGAGGUACUUGUUUCACCUCCACCAACUCCGGCAGCAGCAGCCGAGGGCGCCUCUACUCAGGGGGCUGACAACAAGGAGAAGAAAGGUUGAUGAGAAGGAGGAGGAGGAAGAAGAAGAGGAAGCCGUUGCAACAAAAUAAUUAAGAUAUUACACCUAGUAUAUUAGUGUUUCGAAUAAGUUGCAACUAAGAUACUACUACUAUAUGCUAUUAGUAUGUUACUGGUGUAAAAUAGUAUGUUACGAAAACUACAUAUGUAUUUGUA